UCAUUCGAAACGUAUGGUUCUGCUUAGGCUGGACGCUACUUCUCAAUAGGAACGUGCUGUUUUAUUCUUGACACGUCGACAUCUGUAAAUUGAAAAUUGUUAAAAAUAUUAAACAAAUAUAAUGCCUUUGAUAUCGUGUAUCAGUGAAAAUAUUUGAUCUUGCAAAUAAAUUGCAAUUAUAAGAUCUCAUAAUUAAAAUCAUACGUUGUGUUAUCAUCAGAAACAAUAAUUCCAAAUAUCAAUACAAAUUUGAUAUGUUGUUCUUCAUUUAAAAUAUCUUAGAUAUGAUCUUUCUAAUAAUUUCUUGAAUAUAUUAUUAUUAAAGAAUUGUGUGCUUUUUACGAGCAAUGUACUAAAUGAUAUUUAUAAGGAAUGUAUUAACUGUUUAUCAAAAACUAAUGACAAUUUUUUCUAAGAAUGAAGCUUAUACAGCAUGACAUUACAUGCUAUUUAUAUAUUUUAUUUAUUAUAUCUGCCAUUGUCAAAACAUUUUCUCAAGAUUUGCCAAACGUUCAGGAGAAACCAGUUCACUUGCCAGAAACAAAAUUUAACUUUAACGAAUAUUCUGAAUAUCCAGAUAAUACAGAUAGAAAUUUAGGAUCUUUGGCAUCUCAAUGGAAUCAAAUACUUUCUGUUAAUCGUAAUUUACAGGCACAAAAUGUCAAUAGUAUUAACAAUGAAAAUUUAUCUGAAUCUUUAGAAACAUUAGAUCCAAAUAUAGUAUGGGAUUCUAAAUGGGGAUCUAAUUUAAAAUUGGGACAAAUAUCUGCAGUGUCAUUGGAUCCUAAUGGAAAUAUAGCGUUAUUCCAUAGAGGAAGACGAACUUGGGACCAAGAUACGUUUAACAAUGAAAAUAAAUUUGAUCCUAAUAAAGGCCCAAUAAAGGAAAAUACAAUUUUUCUUAUGGAUAAAACUGGAAAAGAAUUAUUACAAUGGGGUAAAAAUAUGUUUUAUUUACCUCAUGGAUUGACCAUAGAUUUCAAUGGAAAUUAUUGGAUUACUGAUGUUGCCUUACAUCAAGUAUUAAAAUUCGAUGCCAACGAUAUAGAGGCACAUUGGAAAGAUUUAAAAAGAGAACAAUACGAUAGAAAAUUAAUAGAGAUUGAUAAUCACGAUCGAAAUGCCUUAUUUAAACACAGUAUUAUAAAACCAUCUUUGAUUCUUGGUGAGGCUUUUGAGCCUGGUAACGAUGAAACACGAUUUUGUAAGCCAACAGCAGUUGCUGUACAAUUAAAUGGAGAUUUUUUUGUUAGCGAUGGUUAUUGUAAUUCUAGAAUUAUUAAAUUUAACAAAAAAGGUGAACGAAUUUUACCAUGGGGUCGUCAUUGGGGAGUAAGAGAAUAUGUUUAUCAACAACCACCACCACAUAAUGCAUUCUUUGUACCGCAUGCAUUAGCUUUGGCAAAUGAUCUUGAUUAUAUUUUUGUUGCCGAUAGAGAAAAUGGUAGAGUUUCUUGCUUUUUUGCUAGUAAUGGGACAUUCCAUAAAGAGUACAAACAUCCUAGCAUUGGUACUAAAAUAUACAGUGUAGCAUACGCCCAAGAACAAAUUUAUUUAAUCAAUGGACCUGAUUUAUUUGAGAAUGAUCAGCAUAUACGUGGUUUUAUCGUAGACAUCAAUUCUGGAAAUGUAUUAUCACAAUUUGCACCUACAGAAAGAUUACGUAGACCACACGAUAUAGCUGUAAACAAUGAUGGAUCAGAGAUUUACAUUGUAGACUUAGAUACAUCAAAGAUAUAUAAAUUUUUACAAAAAUCAACCAGUGCUAACAAAAUAGAAAAUUCUACGCAUACAUUGAAUCAUCAUCAAACCGCACCAUUAACGGAUAUUAAUUCUCAAGAAACGUCUAAUUCAAAAACUACAAUGGCAACUUUAAUAUUGUCUCUUGUUACAACUACUGUUAUUUUUAUAACACUAUGCGUGACUACUGCUGCUGUUAUAGCGAAAUGUCAAAAAAGAGGAUGCUUAUUAAUGAUGCGUAAAAGAAUGCAUUGGCAAGCGGAAAGAAGGGAAAAGAUGAAGUUUUCAAACUUACUUGAAAAACGAAGAGGCAAGGGAUUUAAAUUUUUCGAAAAACGGCCGAACAAACGUGACUUCAGUAAAUUGAAUACCGAACCAGAAACUUCCGACGACGAACGUUCUGAGAAUAAUUUAAACAUGAUGAUAUGAAUACUUCACGUUUAUCAAAUAAUAACAUAAAAGAAAUUACUUUUACGAAGAGAAUUACUUGUGCGAAGGACAAAAAGAAAAAAAAAAAAAAAGAAGAAAAAGAAAAAAGUAACAUGUUCGAACGAUCUAUUAUCGUCACCAAUUCGAACGAAAAUUAUAAUAAUCAAAAAUUUCGAAAUGUAAAAGACGAUUAAUCGAAUUUCACGUUAUUCCACGUUAACGUCUAUAAAUUUCUUAACAAUGUCAAUGAGUAUAAAAAAUUACGACGAUCGUUGGAUAAAUCGAAAAAUUAUUAUUAUUAUUUUUGAAAUAGAACAAUGUUGAAGCAAAAGAGAAAGAAAAAGAAAAUAAAAAAAGAAAGGAAGAAAGAAAGAAAGUAGAAGAACUUACCUCGUCCGCGAAUCACCGAGAAAAGCAAAAAAAAAAACAAAACAAAAAAAAGGUAGGUAGGUGUUCGAUCAUAGAGACGCAAUUUUUUCCAUUAUUUGCAAUGGAAUAACAAAUUGAUCAAAAUCGAUAUAUUACGUAUACAUUUAAACAUUAUAUUAUACACAUAAAGGAUUUAUUAAAUGAAAUUAAUCGAUUUAAUAAAUGUAUCGUCGUGUUAAUCGAUCGAGUCGAUUGACGAACGUGCAUUUGUCGGGGUUUAAAGAACGAAGAACGAUUGUUAUACAUGUGCGUCGAACCUAAUUGAAAAUUAAAAUACAUGACAAAAUUAAUAACAGAUAUGUUCAAUGAAAACAAUCUAAUCGACGAUAUAGAAGUACACAAGUACAAAAUUGUUUAACGUUACAACGUGAAGUUAUGGUAUUUGAUAAGGUAUGAUAAUAAGCUUUUUUGUGUUUUUCUUUUUUUUUUUCAUUCUUUUUUUUUCUUUUUUUUUUUUUUUUUUUUUUUUGUUUCGUUACAAACGUAAAAGAAAAAUUUGUUGAAUCGUAUCGAUAUAACUUAAGACAUAUUGUCCAAAGGCAGUCAAUAUUAUUUAAAGGAAAAAUGUAACGAUCUAUCGUGUAGAUUAUAUUUGAAAUAUCAAAAAAACCAAUGGCUGUUCAAACGAAGCCAUUUUUCUUUCUUUUUCUCUUAUUAUACGAUCCUUUCUUCAAAGAUAUUCUUUUAACAUUAUUGACAAAUAUAAAAAUGUUCACGUACGUAAAUCCUCUUAAGGAUUAAUCCAAUUGAUCGUAAAGUGUUUACUAUGGACAGAGACAGAGACAGAGACAGAGACAGAGACAGAGAGAGAGAGAGAGAGAGAAAGAGAGACAUGUAUUUAUCGAAGAAAAAGAAAAAAGAAAGAAAAGAAAAAAAAAUUGUUUGAUCUUUCUUUCAGUUUAAAAAAAUGAAAAAAAAAAAAAAAAAAAGAAAUAUUUUAAAUUCGAGUCGAUAAAAUAGCGAACUGUAGUAGAUAUGGUAGAUAACUAAUUAUCGACGUUAUUAACGUCGAUAAAAACGAAUUCUAUGCGAAAGGUUUUAAUAACGCGUUAAGAUCGUAUUAAACUCGAAUGAUAAUAAAUAAUUCCGAUGAUACGAUAUAUCGAGAAGAAAAAGAAAAGAAAAGAAAAAAAAAAAAAGAAAGAGAAAAACAAGUCUUAAAAAGGAUAUAUUCGCAGGGUACUUUUUUUAAAGCGUUAUUUUCAAUUCGAUAUUUCCGUAAUACGUUUCACUAUUUUUAUCAAUGGCUACGAAACCCAAGUGUCGUUAUAGUCGACAAUUUUUACGAGAUAUUAUUGAAAAAUCGUCAAGGAUUUUAAUAUAUCCUAAGACGGAAUAUUUUGAUAUAAUUUCAAAUAAUAUUUUGCAAUCGUUGAAACGAUAGAUUACCGUCGAGUAUUAACGUGAAUUUAAAGAUAGAAAAGAGAAAAAGAAGAAAAACGAAACGAAAAAAAAAAAAAAGAAAAGAAAAAACAAAAAAGAACAAAAAAGAAGAUGAAGAAUCUAUGUCACACACAGAGAUACACAAUGAUAUAUUAUACAGUAUUAUACAGUGACAUAUCGUAUUUAAUGAUGCCAAUGACGAUAAUAGUUGUCGAAUUCUCUAUUGUCGUUUUUGAUGACUGCUUAUUUAAAUGUAGCUAAUACACACACAUACACACAUACACACAUACACACAUACAUACAGACAGACAGACAGACAGACACACAGACAGAUACACGAGAAUGUCGAUAUAAGUAAUUGGCUUUUAAAACUAUCAGCUACUUACUAAACGAUGACUGCAUUAUAAUUGUUAACCGCGCUUCCACAACCUCCCCAUAAUUGUUCCUCAUGAUCUAUCAAUAUAAUCUAUUUAAUUAUUAUAAAAAAAAGAAAGAGGGCAAAGGAAAAAAUAAAAAAAAAAAAAAAAGAUAAUAAUUAUAAAAAAAGAAAAAAAAGGGAAAUAUAUAAAUAUAUAAAAUAAAUAAAUAAAUCAAUCAAUCAAUCAAUAAAGACGUGAGAAAGGAAAAGGAGAAAUUUAAAAUAUUGCAUCAAACGAGUAAAAACUUUCUAUGGGAAGAAAAAGAUAGGGGAAAGAAAAAAAAGAAAAAAAAAAGAAAAAAGAAGAAAAAAGAAAGAAAAAGAAAAGAAAAAGAAAAGGAAAAACUUUCCAUCGAUAAUAACGUUGAGAUGAAUGAUCUUCUUCUACAUAUAGUACCUGACGAAUAAUAAACUGAUAUCUCUUAUCACUUUGCGCUCUUACAUCUUAACUAUUCGAAAAAUACACAAUAAGUUUUAAUCCUUAAGAAAUCGUUUCCGUGUUUCCCUCUUUAACGUUAACGUUAUACAUACAUACAUACAUACAUACAUACAUACAUACAUAUAUAUAUAUAUAUAUAUAUAUAUAUAUAUAUACAUAUGUAUGGUAUAUAUAUAAUAUAUAGAUAUUUACAGUGCGUAUUAAUUCCGCACUAUUUCCAAUACAUGCGAACAGCAUCAUUGUAUCUCUCUAUAUCUCUCUCACUCAUUCAUUCAAUCUGUGUACGCGUAUUCAAAUAUAUAUUUUCAAUAAAAUCCCUGUGUGUA